CAAAUAUAGCGGGAAAGAAAGAGAGAGAGGCAGAUGAAGAGAUAAAUAUACAUAUAGAGAGAGGGAUAGGUAGAGAAAGCUAGACCGACAGGCAGCGAUAGAAAGACAGAGAGAGAGAGAGGGGGAGGAGGGUGUCUAAUGCUGAAGCAAGUCAGUUUCUGCUGUGCCACCACCAAAGCCAGUCUCUGGCAUUCUGGAGUUCUUCACAGACACUGUUGGUUGGGGUUCGUUUACCGACUGUUUUGACACCGACUUACACUCAUAUACACACACAUACACACGCACACACACACACACGCAUACACACAUAUAUACACACAUGUAUCUAUAUACGCAUAGACAUUUAAAUAUUGCGGUAGAUAGGCAUACAUAAUAACGUAGAUAUAUACACAUACUGUACAUAGAAAAACAAACGGAUUAUAUAUACAGAUAUAUAUAUAAACAUAUAUACAAAUACCGCGUAUGUAUAUAGAUAUACGCACGGCUCUGUACAAUAACAAACACUAUUCACAAUAACAGCCUCUCUCUCUCUCUAUAUAUAUAUAUACAUGUAUGUAUAUACAUACAUAUAUAUAUACACAUGCAAACACACAUACAUAGCAAUUAUAUGACCAUAUAAACAGAACGCACGCACACAUACACGCAAGUAUACACAUGCACACACGUACAUAAACCAACAUUUAUAUAUAUAUAUAUAUAUAUAUAUAUAUACACAUACAUUUAUAUGAACACACACGUUCAUAUAAACACACACACUAGAGUACACACGCCGUGUUUGUUGUUGUAGUGGUUUUAUGCGCGUACACACACGUAUGCAUACACCACACACACACACCACACACGUUAACAACAACAGCAACACCUGAGUGUCACCUGCACCUCGUUAAUUGACGGCUUCACACUCACACACACACACGUAUAGAUAUACACAUAUAUAUACACACAAACAUACACAUGUAUAUACGCGUCACAACAUCUAUACCCACGGAUCCUAUUGUCAUGGGGACGCCCGACGCUGCUGUCCUUGUUUCACUUCGGAGCCGCCGGAAAUUUAGCUGGUCAUCACCACUGUUAUCAUCAUCAUCAUCAUCAUCGUUAUUAUCAUCAUCUUCAUCAUUGUCAUCGUCUUCGUCGUCAGCAUCACCAUCAUCAUCAUCAUCAUUAGUCUCAUCAACACCAGCGUCGACGUUGUCCGCGUCGUCGCCCUUAAACAUGCAUUAUCAAUAUAAAAACAACAGCAAAAACAACCACCACCACCACCACGACAACAACAACCACAAUAACAAACGCCAAAUUUCUCAACACAAAACCCAAUAUGACUGCAAGCAACAACAACAACAACAACAAACACAACCUCACCAACACCAAAGUUACCACUGUCAAGGCUUCUACCCAAACUGGAGGAAAUACCCGCUUACUUUAAACGGUUGGAGACAGCUGGGGUGGUUACCUACCACCUGGUUAUUAUUAUUAUUACUGUUCUCAUUAAGCACACCUGUAUUUAUUACACCUUGUACCGCAAUGGACCUACUCGAUAAGGUACAAACAAAGGAGAAUCUCCAAGAGAUUUCCCAAAAGUUAUCAAAGGAAUUUCUAACACGAAUGCUCCAAGCUAAAAACAUAACGGCCUUUCUACCGUCAAACAAAGCUUUUCAAAACUUCAAGCCCGAAAAAUAUGGCUUCCCGUCAGUCUUGGACUACGAUUCUUUGAGAACGAUAAUGAACUAUCACAUAGUGAACGGGAUUAUCACAAAAUGGCGAAUACGUACAAACAAUUUCGCGAUAUCAAAAGCGGGAACCAAAGUGUAUUUCAACAAUUACGAAGCCAUGACAGACAUGUACUACAUGAAUGGUGCUGCACUGUUGGAGACUGAUAUUGUAGCAGACAAUGGAGUUUUACACGUGAUCGACAAAAUAGUUGUUCCAGUUGGCAGCAAUAAGACUUUGGCGCAGUACCAUAAACAUCCCGAUCUAAACAGUUUAUCAUUUGAUUCCAUCAACGAGGCAGCCACAGUUCUUCCCGACAUGAUUAAUCAUAACAGUACCGAUGCGUACUUUACAGCCUUCUCGCCUAACGAUUCAUACCUUAAUUCGAUGCCAAACUUUGCGAAGAAUCUAUUAUAUAGCAACAAAACCUUGCUUCAAAACGUUUUCAGAGCUCACAUUAUACUGGGGGACGUCUAUUUUUUGCCCACCUACGGAAAAAUGCAUUCUUUGUUACCCAUGGAAGGAAAAUUAAAAUUUACAAGAGCAUCAGAAAAGAUUUAUGUGUCGAAUAAUAAAGUAAGAGCGGAAAUCAUCCUGGCCAAUAUUCCAAUUGCUAAUGGGGUAAUACAUAUUAUUGACAAUCUGCUCUAUUAUACUUAUCAAAAUAUCAUGCAGAAAAUCCAGUCAAUGCCAGAAACAAGGUCAGUGGCUCAACUAUUUAAUCACAUGCUGAAACCGUACCGCAGUAUGUUAAGGAAUCCAAAACGCACUAUGACAGUUUUUGUUCCUACCGACGAAGCACUUUCCCGAUUGCCGCUGAAGCAACAAAGUAUGCUUAAAAACAAUUGGACACUGCUGACGGAGAUAUUAUCUCGUCAUAUCAUUCCGGACGUUGAAUGGAGCCCAGAAAACCUGCGAGGUGAAAGAGUGCAUUACAAUUUAAAAAAUUCAACUAUAAGAGCUCUGGGGUUUAAAAAUGGCGAAGAUACUUACGUUGAAGGUGGCGCGACUUGGGUGAAAAUCGUCCAGUCAGAUGUAGGUUGUAUAAACGGUGUGAUUCAUUUGAUAACCAAUUUCAUGUUCUAUAAGAACUUUACGUUAUGGGAAGCUAUAAGAGACAUGCCAAAACUAAGCCACGCGGCUGGUUACAUUAGCAGAUACCCGGAGAUUCGGUCUUUACUAUCAAGAGCAGGUUCCACCCCACUUACCAUAUUCCUGCCAAAUGAUGAUUCUCUUUCAACAAUUCCUUCAAGAACAAAACAGAAAUUUGCUUUAAACCAAACAUUUUUAAACCAGGCCUUGCAGGGCCAUCUAGCGAUUGGUCAAGAAAUCAGUUCGGUAAACAUCACCAAUUCUUUUGAGGUUGUGACCCAACUUGGUGAAAUCCUCAAGUUGUGGAAGUCAAAUGGAGCAAUUUACGUCAAAGGUGGCCAUAUUACAGCCCGGGUAAUAGUUUCCGAUAUUUGGUGUGUGAACGGGCUUCUGCAUAUCAUUGACAACUUACUCUACCUGCCAACACGGAACAUAUACGAAGAAAUAUCAAGAUUUGAUGAUCUUAGGUAAGUUACUUUCAGUGAUUUUCUUACCUGUGCCUUGUAAUUAUUUAGAACGCAACAACCUCGCGGGUGAUACGUUCCAAAACCCGCCACAAUAGGUGAAAAUCCGCGAAGCAGAAACAGUACUGUACUGUGUAUAAAUACCGAAACAAGUAAAGGAAUAAAAGAAUAUGUAAGGGUUUAUAUAUAUAUAUACGACGGGCUUCUUUCAUUUUCCGUCUAAUAUAUCCACUCACAAGGGUUUAUUCGGGCCGAGGCUAUAGUAGACACGACACUUGCCUUAGGUGCCACG